AUGCCCUCCUCGUCUCGAGAUGGCUCUAGCAGAAGCUUACCUAUCAAAAACCCCUGCCUGAGUUUCUGGCAGCGAACUACCCGUGCCUUUCCCCUGCUGCAUACCAAUCAAACCACACCAGUCCCUUCUAGGUCGAAGUAUGUAGUGAUUGGCUCCGGGAUCUCUGGCGGCCUUACAGCGUUCGAGCUUAUUGAGGCUGGCGUCAAAGGGGAGGAUAUCAUAAUACUCGAGGCGCGAGAGGCAGCAAGCGGUGCCAGCUCCCGAAAUGCUGGACAUGUACGACCAGAUGCAUUCCGAGGAUUCAGUGCCUAUGCAAAGGUCCAUGGGGAAGAACAAGCUUUAAAGAUAAUUGCCAACGAGCGCCUGGUACUCGAAAAAGUAGACGAGUUUACCAAGAAACACGACGUCCAGUGCGACUUCAACCUCACUACAACAUUCGACGUAUGCAUGACCCCCGAGUUUGCAGCGUAUGAGGCCGAAAGCUUUGAAGCGUACAAAACCGCUGGAGGCGAUGUUUCACACAUCAAGUUCUAUGAAGGCCAAGACGCGCAAACAAGGACAAAAGUGAAGGGUGCCGUCGCAGCAUAUGAGUGGCCAGCUGGAUCCAGUCAUCCAGCGAAGCUCGCACAGUUUCUCCUCCAGGCAGUUGUAUCACGCGGGGGGAGGUUGUUCACGUUUUGCCCAGCUACUGAGCUAAGGCGCAACGAGUCGGAGCCAGGGCUCUGGGAUGUGCAUACUCCACGGGGAGUGGUGACAACGGAGCGGGUGGUCCACUGUACGAACGCUCAUGCUGCACUUUUGCUACCACACCUAGAGUCGUAUAUCCAGCCGAACCGCGCUCAGGCGCAUAGCCUGAUCCCAACACCUUCGUUCGCCGCAGAGAAGGUCCUUCGGAAUACCUUUUCCCUGCGUUAUAGUCUACAUCAUUUCUACUCCUUAAUCCAAAGGCAGAAUGAUGGUACACUGGUGUUGGGUGUAUCGCGAUCAAACCCUACCCUCAGUGAGGAAACACGAGCUAGUGUCUAUAGUACAAAUGAUACGUUCUAUAACGAAGAGAUAGUCCAAGAUGCUCUGCAAAGCUUCGGAAAGAUAUUUCCCGACUUUGACGGCGCAAAUACCGUGCAUGGAGAGGGUUUGGAUCACGCGUGGACUGGGAUUAUCGCCAUGACGACCGAUUCCGUACCCUUCGUUGGGGCAAUCGAAUCCCUGCCAGGGCAAUAUAUUUGUGCUGGGUUUAAUGGACAUGGGAUGGCACGUAUAUUUACUUGUGCACCAGGUGUUGCCAAGAUCAUACUUGGAAAGGAUUGGGACGAUACAGGUCUGCCUGAAUGUUUUAGGUUCAGUGAAGAGAGGCUUUCCAAACUGUCCACAAAGGCUGUGCCAUCUGUGUGGUGA